CUCUCACAGUGAGUAUUGCAUUUACGCAGAAUACAGGCAGUUUAAUUCUAGAACUUUGUAGCAUGUAGGCUCCCAGGUGCUAUAGAUAUUGCUGUAAAACUGAGUUCACUCACUGAGUUCAGGAUUAUGUCGGUUAACCUCAAAGUGUCUUUCUUGGAUCAGAUGAAGCUGUCAGGCCUGAUUGAUCUUAGUCUCAUAUUUAUCCUGGUCUCUAAUUCAAAAGGUCAAAACUGGACUGUUAGUGUCAACAAAAUGUUUAAUGAAACAUUGGGUUCAAACGUGACCAUACCAUGUUCCUUUACCUAUCCAUUCAAACACCACACUGAAAAGGUUCAAGUUUACUGGAAAAAGCUUGGGGAAAGAAAUACCCUUAAUACCUUCGACAAAGACCGAAAUGCAUUUGUUUUUCACCCAAAUGACACAUUUGUGCUUGAGAAGUACAGAGGAAAGACCAAACUCACUGGAAAUAAAGCCAAAGGUGACUGCACCCUCAAGAUCUUUAAUGUCUCGGAGUAUGAGCCAAAUAUCUAUGUGAGAGUUAUUGCAAAGGACAAUUACAGUUUCACGGCUGAUAUUGUCACCAUUUAUGUGUCUGCGCCAGGUGAUAAACCAAUCAGUCUUAAGCCAGAACCAUUACCCAACUUUGAAACAACAACAAACAUGGCAGUUUUCUCCACAGUGGGUACGACCAGGGAGGCUUCACUGUAUACGGCUAUCUUUGUUCCAGUCGCUGCACUUCUGAUCAUUAUUGUUGUCGCUGCAAUCGUCGUUUGCAUAAAAAAAAGAAGGUCACAAUCUUUUACCAGGGAGGAAUCUGGAUAUUAUGCAAAUGUUAGCCGAGCAUCAUCAAACCAAGCCAAAAGAGAAGCAUCUUGCGUAACACAAGACAACAAUAAACUUUCUGAACUGAAGGCCAUUGAUGAACCUGUCUACAUCAACAUUGAGGCCAUACCAGGUCAGAUGGAUCGAAGUAUGGAACACACAGACAAUAUAUAUGGAAACGUGGAUUAUGAAAAAUAGCAGAAAAGCUGCAUCACAAAAAGAGAACAAACGAAUAAGAACUUAAAAUCAAGCAAUGGGGGCUUAUAUUUCAAAAGAGAAAUAAAAAAGGUAGAGCUGGGAGUCAAACUUACCUGCUCCAUGGCCCAUAUUAAAGGCUAGCAAUGUCCCCAUGUAGCUGUGAGCAUAACAAUGUCAUUUUUUUUAAUCUAAGCCUAUUGCCUUACCUUACAUGACAUAGGAUCCUCUGGUUGUUUUUUAUUGUUUAUAUGUUGCAGUACAAUCGACCCUGAGGCUCAGAGCUGUUAGCCUGCCAAUGUUAGUGCUGAACUGCACCACUGAUUGAUGCAGGAAAUGAUACCAAGCAUUUAGCACAUCUGUUUAUCAAGUUGUUUGUAACAUCUCCUGACUGGAGUUUUGUUUUUUGUGUGGAAUCGAUUCAUGUUAACUUCUAUGUACAACUUCAACAAACUUUGGGUUCAGUGGAAUGACACAUUACGUUUUCUAGUCUUUCUCAACAUGUUUGCCAAUUCACUUCUGUGCUGGAGCUGAAACUUCUCUUUUCUUUUCUGAUUCAGUUUUCUAUUUAGACAUUAAGUUAUUACUUGUGAUGUGACAUUAAAUGUAAGGACUGCACCAAACAAUACAUGGAGCUCAUUGCUUGUCCACAGCGAUCUACAUAGCCUACUUUUCUUCUGCAGCACUGUGGUCUAUAAAACUGAACUAAUAGCAGCCAACUGUUAUUCUUGGUUCCUGAUGUAAAGCACGUUGGAUACCUGCUGGUUGCUGUAAAGUGCUAUAAAAAUAAAUAUUGAUUGAACUGGAUAAACAAAUAAAGAGGAUGUUAUUGAAACUGU